UAGUAACACGUCAUGUCCCUCCUAGAACACCGCUACUCCUCGCGAUAUAAAAGGGCAGCCACAGACGCCUCAUGCAUGCUGCGCGCAGAGCAACGCAAAAGAUUAAGGCCAUCCUAUCAUGACACAGUUUACAACACAUCUAUAUUUUGGAAAUAGUGCAUAGGAGUUUCAUGGGGAUGAAACUCUCUCUACUCUCAUGAAACUCUUAUCAUCUCUCUCUUCAUUAAUAUAGCGCUACAUCAGCAUAUUUAAUGUGCAUGAAACUCUAAUGAAACCCCAUUGAGACUGGCCUAAUUAGCCACCUUCGAUUCAUCAUUAUUACCUCCCUGCUUUGCUUGCUUUGGCGACGCGCGACCGCCUUCAGUUCUUCAUCGUCAGCGUCGUCGUUCACCCGCCGGCAGCAUGGGUGAAGGAACUGAUGAUGCCAUGCCGCAGACCGUGCUAUCGGCUCCCGGCGUCAAGGACAGGAAGGUGGUCUCCUUCACGACGACCAACGACGACAAGGACGACGCCGUCGCCGGCCUCAUCCGCUCCAUCAUCGCCACGUCCAGCCCCGCGCAGCGGACCGCCUUCCACGUCUUCCACAUCAACACCGUCGUCGACCUCUUCUCCGCCUGGCGCCGUGCGCUCCCCGACGUCCGCCCCUUCUACGCCGUCAAGUGCAACCCUGACCCUGCGCUCCUCGGCGCGCUGGCCGCGCUCGGCGCCGGGUUCGACUGCGCCAGCCGCGCCGAGAUGGAGGCCGUGCUCGCGCUCGGCGUCGGCGUCGGCGACCUGAUCUACGCCAACCCGUGCAAGGCCGAGCCGCACCUCGAGUACGCCGCGGCGGCCGGCGUCGCGCUCGCCACCUACGACACCGAGUCCGAGGUGGCCAAGGUGGCGCGCUGCCACCCGAACUGCGAGCUCCUGCUCCGCCUCAAGGGCCCCGACGGCGGGACCACGGUCGCCGGCGGCGGCCGCGGCGGCGACCUGAUGAACAAGUACGGCGCGCACGCGGACGAGGUGUCCCCGCUGCUGCGCGCCGCGCAGCGCGCGGGCGUGCGCGUCGCCGGCGUCUCGUUCCACGUCGGGAGCCCCGUGUCCCGCUCCCGCGUCGGCGUGUACCGCGGCGCCAUCGAGUCCGCGCGCGCGGCGUUCGACGCCGCCGCGGCGCUCGGCAUGCCGCCCAUGCGCGUCCUCGACAUCGGCGGCGGGUUCAGCGCCGGCGCCGCCUUCGACGAGGCCGCGGCGGUCAUCAACGGCGCGCUGGCGGACGCCUUCGGCGACCUCCUGCGGUGCCGGCGCGUCGAGGUGAUCGCCGAGCCCGGGCGGUACUUCGCCGAGACGGCGUUCACGCUCGCCGCGCGCGUCAUCGGGAGGCGCGCGCGCGGCGAGGCCCGCGAGUACUGGAUCGACGACGGGCUCUACGGCUCGCUCAACAACGUGCUCAUGGACCACAAGGUUCCGCGGCCGAGACCGCUCGCCGCCGGCGGGGAGGAGAAGACGACGACGCACUCGUCGACGGUGUUCGGGCCGACGUGCGACUCACAGGACCAGGUGGUGACCGGGUACCCGCUGCCGGAGAUGAGCGUCGGCGACUGGCUCGUCUUCGACGACAUGGGCGCCUACUCCACAGGUGCCGGCUCCAAGUUCAACGGCUUCGACAUUUCGGAGAUGAAGAUCUACGUGGCAUACUCCAGCUGAGCAACAACAACAACAUCGAUGGCGUCACGUUGAUACGGAGUAUUUUUUUUGAUAUCCGUAUUUGCCCGUUAGAUUAAAUUGUUAACUAGAAGUUGGUCUGCGAAAAUAGCAUGGGUAGCUAGUUGGUUAUUGUAGUAUUUUUGAGUUUUCAU